AUGCAGCUCCAACUCACCUCCACCCUCGCCACUAGCAUGCUCUUGUUCACUGCAGCAACAGCCCAACUCUCCCUCGUAUGCAGGGGCUCCGACAUCGUCUUCGGCGGUCCAUGCUUCGGUAAUUCGAACUCUUGCCAGUGUAACACUGGUACGGUGCUGAGUGGCAAUUGCAAUGGCCAAGGUGCGAAGAAGGAGAGGGAGGGUGGGAAGGCUUGGGUAGGGAAAGAGAUGGAGGUGUUCUAUGUGGUAGUUGGAUUUUUCUUGGACUUUUUGUUGGGCACUGAGUGGUUGGAUUUCAAGUUUGCUUUGACAGGUCCUGGAGUAAAUGAAGUGGUUAAAUCACCGGAUAGUUGCUUCUCGCGGGUGCCUUUGUAA